AUGAACAUCAGCUACCCCAACCACGGCCCCAUGAGCCCAAUGCAAUCAUACUCCAAUGUGCGAGCGAUGGAUACCGAUGAGAUGCCACGAAAGAAGCUUCGCGCUGCGUCAAAGAUGGACACAGUGUCUGUUCUUAAUGAAAUCGGUAUCUCUAGCUUUCAAAAUGGUGAUUACGAGAAAUCAGAACUGUGUUUCUCUCAAGCACUUUGCCGAAUGGAUGUCGACCAACUUGUCGGUCAUAUGGAAUCUAAGGUCUCCAAGAAGGUUUCCAACGAUUUUCUCAACUUGAUGUUGCCAAAUGGCGAUUCUGAAGACGAAGACAUCACCGGCUCAGAAUCACGAACUGACUACGACGAAGGCAUGAGAGUCUACAACGGUCCACUACAACUUCAAGACAACUUCAGCCAAGACAAAGCUGCCCCUACCCUGGCCUACAAUAUCGCCCAAACUUAUAUCCACCGAGGCCAAAGUCGCAUCGCAAAGUCGUGGUUGCAGCGAGCACUUGUCAAUAUCCAAAGUGGCGACAGUUCCAUUGCCAGUUUGACUGUUAAGAUCUUGAACUGCCUUGGAUACUGCUAUUACAAGGUCGGCAACGAUGAAAAAUGUUUGGUUCUCUACACUCAAGCUCUUUCAAUUGUUGUUUCAAACAACCUGGGAAACAUGUACCUGGCACCAGCCUUGAACUGCUGUGGAGUCGUUUACUUCAACAUGGAAGUUUGCAACGCGAACAAGGCUAUGGAACUCUUCUGCCAGAGCUUGGAAGCCUACCGUGCUUGGUCGACUCUUGAUCUUUGCUCCAUUGGAACUGUCCUCAAUAACAUCGGACGCGUCUAUUACUUGCAAAAGGACUUCUCCGAUGCCCUUCAGAUUUACCAAGAGUCUUUGAACAUUCGCAAGGUUCUAUUGGGCAAGGAUGACAUUGAUGUGGCUGCUACCUUGUACAACAUUGGUCAAACUUGUCAUCAGCUUGGAAAGUUGAACGAAUCUAUCAAACAUUAUAACCAAUAUGUGGAGAUCGCCAAGGAAGUCUUUGGUGAGGAUUCCAAGGAUGUUGCUCUUGCCUUCAAAGGAAUCGCCGAGAUUCACCACGAACGCGGCGACUUGGAGAUGGCAUUGGACUACUACAAUCGAGCCUACGAAGCACAAUCUGCGUCCUGUGGUGACUUCUCUGCCGAUGUUGCCACCACUUUGAACAAAAUGGGAAACUUGAGUUAUGAAAUGAAGCAAUUCCAAACCGCCAUGAAGCACUAUCAACAAGGAUUGCAGAUCGAAUCCAGUGUCUUGGCUCCCAACCACCCCCAUGUCAUCAUCACUCUUACCAACAUUGCCCACAUCCACAAGCAAAUGGGACAACACGCCCAAGCCUUGGAAGCGUACAAGAAGGUCUUGAAGAUGCAAAAGAAGAACGUUGGUGAGGAUGCUAUGCAAUUGGCCGAGACAUACUCCAGCAUUGGAUUGAUGCAAUACCACAUGCACGACUAUGGGUCCGCCUUUGAAUCGUAUCAAGUUGCUCUUCGCAUCCGCCGGGAAAACCUUGGGAAGGAUGAUCACCAAGACAUUGCUUCCACCUUGAACUCUAUUGGAUUGGUCCUUUUCAAGCAAGAGAUGUACGAACUUGCCAAGAAGUGCUUUCACGAAAGCUUGCGAAUCCGCACAAAGAUCUUGGGAAAAGAUCACCGCGAUGUUGCCAUUUUGUGGUACAACAUUGCCACCAUCCACUUUGAGACUGGCGAAGACGAUCUUGCUGUUCGAAUGUACAAAGAAACCUUGCGAGUCGAAGUUGCUGCACUUGGAGCCGACCACCCCGAUGUCGCAUUGACCAUGCAGCACUUGGGACAAGUCCACCAACAACUUGGCAAGAUUGAAGAAGCCUUGGAAUACUUCAAGGACGCUUUGGCCAUUGAACGGAAGAGAAAGCAGUCCAAGACCAGCACUUUGGGAAGAAUCCUGAAUCUUAUCGGAAACGCCUACUUGCAAAUUGGGGCCACUGAGGAAAUGAUGGAAUGCUAUAUUGAAGCUUCUCGGCUCUACGAAGCCAACGCGAACAGAACUCCCAAUGAAACCUUGGUGAUUGCAGGCUACAACUUUUACGCCUUGAGCAAGACCAACCCACCAUGCUCCCCGGUCGCAUAA